CAUACGUGUAUCUUCGAUCCGCCUCUAUCCACGAUCGCGUUACGAGAUUGCAAUAGGUAGGGAUGGAGUUUGGAGUGGGCGAUGUUGCCCAAAUAUCAGCAGAACUUGCCCAAGUGGUCGAGGUGAUGAUGUCACCGAAUGUACCGCAACAGCAGCGUUUGGAAGUAUACAAUGCUUGCGAACGAUUUAAGGAAUCCUCCCCUCUAUGCGCACAAUGUGGUUUAUAUCUGGCGCAGAGGUCGCCGAAUAGAAGUUCGGUGGUUCGUCAUUUUGGAUUACAGCUGAUGGAGCAUUGUAUCAAAUAUCGAUGGACACAAAUAUCACAAUCGGAAAAGAUAUUUAUAAAAGAAAAUGCAAUGAAGUUGCUUCAAGAAGGUACAGAACCGUUGCUGCAAGAAGAAGCUCAUAUCAAGGAUGCUCUGUCUCGCGUUGUGGUGGAAAUGAUAAAACGAGAAUGGCCGCAACAGUGGCCUACAUUACUUGCCGAACUUAGCCAGACGUGUACAAGAGGCGAAAGUCAAACCGAAUUGGUACUUCUAGUGUUUCUGAGGCUAGUAGAAGAUGUCGCGUUAUUGCAAACGUUAGAAUCUAAUCAAAGAAGAAAGGAUAUAUACCAAGCACUUAACACGAAUAUGGCCGAGAUUUUUAGCUUCUUUUUAAGAUUAAUGGAGCAACAUUUUUCGGAGUUUCAAAAGAAGAGUAGCUUAGGUUGCGCUUCCGAGGCAGCAGCGCAUAGUAAAGUUGUACAGGUAGUAUUGUCUACGUUGACUGGAUUUGUGGAGUGGAUUUCGAUUACUCAUGUCAUGGCAGAGGAUGGCAGAUUGCUACAAAUAUUAUGUCUUUUGUUGAGAGAUUCGAUAUUUCAAUGUUCGGCAGCCGAGUGUUUGUUACAAAUUGUAAAUCGCAAAGGAAAAGCUGAAGAUAGGAAACAACUGAUGAUUUUAUUUUCCGAAGAUGCGCUGAGAUAUAUUUAUGCAGCGGCGACUGCAGCAGCGCCUGUUACCGGCUCAAACGAAUUUCAUGAAAACCAUUACUUGUUUUUAAAGAAACUCACGCAGGUAUUAACUGGAAUGGCAACUCAACUGUGUACACUUUGGGGCAAAGAUGAUGGUUCCAGCAUUCGACCAACACAUUUCAACAUAUUUUUAGAUACCGUGUUAACUUUCACUAUGUCCUCAAGUUUAACGUUAAUACAUAUGGCGAACGCAAUCUGGAUAAUGCUGUUUAAACACGAACAAAUAAAACAAGAUCCGUUAUUAUUAACUUACAUACCUAAAUAUGUAGAAAGCACAGCACCAAAGUUAAUAAAAAUAGCAUAUCCACAUGGUAGACAAAGUAACGGAAUGAGUACCUAUUGCCUUGCAGACUACGAUUCGGAAGAAGAGUUCAAUGUGUUUCUUCAUCGAUUCAGGACUGAUUUAUUAGAAGGAUUUCGACAAGCAACAAUGGUAGCGCCAUUAGUAACAUUUACGUAUGUACAACAAUGGUUGACGGCUAAAAUAACAAAGGGUAUGACAGAUCUUCGAUACAAAAGCGAUCAGAAUGAUCCACAAUAUCUUGAAUGGGAAGCUCUUGCUCAAGCUUUAGAUUCUGUCGUAUCAAGAAUUUUAUUAAUUAACGAACGUCCAAGCGUACAAACUGGCCUGCAAUUAUUAGAAUUAUGCCUCGGUUAUUCUCCACUCGAUCCAUGGUUAUUGUCGGCUCUACUUUCUUGCAUCAGUGCUCUUUUUGUAUUCUUGUCGAUGUCAACCGGUUCAAUGACUAUGCCAGGUGUAGCCAUCCUGCCAAGAGUUCUUGAUAAAAUCUUUGCCGCUCUGGUGUUCGAAGCACCAGGUGAAACGAAGGGUACUCGAUCCAAAGCAGCAAAGAACGUAAGACGUCAUGCAGCCAGUCUCAUGGUCAAGAUCAGUUUGAAAUAUCCACUGUUACUUCUUCCGGUUUUCGAUCAAAUACACACAAUGGUUCGCAGUUUAGCGAGAGAGCCCAGUUCGUUAUCUAAAAUGGAGACAAUCAUGCUCUACGAAGCACUUCUGUUGAUAUCGAAUCAUUUCUGUGAUUACGAAAGACAAACCAGAUUUGUCGCUGAAGUGAUCAGCGUAGGAUCUGCAAAAUUUAUUGCUCUUGGACACGAGGCAUUUAAAGGUCCACUUGAAUUGAUGAGGUUCAUUGGAUUGAGCAGAUCACCGGUCGAAAGUAUAACCGAAGAUCCGGCUGGUCAAAAUCGAAGCGACUUGAUGAUUUGUGUUUGCACGAUAUUGAGUGUCGUGAAGCGUUGUUCCAUUCCGGAUGAUCCGGACCGGGCUGCAAGAGGCAGUUUCGUAGCUGCGCUCAGCGAAAGCGGAAAUCCGGUGUAUAGAAAUCCCGCUACGCCACAUGUGAUUCCAGUGCUACCAACACUUUUUGCACUGCUCAGGGCAAUGAAUGCACUCUUCACUCCUCCGGCGUUAGCAGCUUUAUCAGAGGGAUAUAAAAACGCUCACGAGCUGUUGGAGUCUGAGAAAGCAAACCUUUUAGGUUUAAAUGUAACAAAUGAUAACACUUCUGAACCUGAUCAAUCUUCCAGUACGGCUUUGGUUCGUAUGCAAUCAUUUCUGAGUACUAUCCACGAUCAGUGUUAUCACAUGUUAGGUAGCGGAUGUCACAUGAUUGGAAGAGACUUUUAUCAGUUACCUGGUUUGGCACCAGCACUCAUUAAUUCAGUUUUCUCCAACAUGGAGUUGAUUUCAGAUUAUAGAUUACGGCCAAUCAUACGUGUCUUUAUGAAACCAUUUAUAUACUCCUGUCCACCUGCAUUUUACGAAAGCGUUCUCGUACCCGUAUUGGCUCACGUUUCUACGCAUAUGUGUCAAAGAUUGAGUGCCAAAUGGCAAUACAUUGCACAUCUCUACGAGUCUGGCGGUUUGGACGAGGAAAAUACCGAUACGCAAGAAGUUAUCGCCGACAUGUUGAAUCGAAAUUUAACGAGGGAUUUCGUAGACGUGCUGAAAGUAGCUCUCGUUGGAGGUGCAGCCAGCGAUGCGACUCCCCCCGAUAUUAUGGAACAAGACAUGGGAGGUAUGGCUAUAGAUCCUCCGUCAUCGCGAGGGAACAGUAUAGUCGCCGAAGUUGUCAGCGAAUUGGGAACGUUUGUUCUCCGACACCCAACUACGUGCCAUAGUGUUGUUUUAUGCGUUUUAGGAGCUUUAGCUUGGAAUGACUCAAAUGCCAGUUUGAAAGCUACAAUGUUAACCGGACCGGUUGUACGAGCAUUAGCAGCCGAUGGUAGUCUAACACCAGCUAUGGCCGCUCAUAUUAUGGUAGCUAUUCUUCAAGGAUUACAACUUCACGGACAACACGAAGCCAAUCAAGGUUCCCUUGUAACUCUGGGCGCACAAGUUUACGAAUGUUUGCGACCCAAAUUCCCGAACAUUAUCGAAGUAAUGCAGCAAAUUCCUGGCAUUAAUCCUACCGAUCUGCAGCGUUUCGACGAAAAGAUGGCCGUAGUUAGUACUAAAGGAAAUAAAGUGGAGAAAGGAAAGAAAGAUCUUUUCAAAAAAAUCACGAAUCAGCUCAUUGGUCGAAGCGUUGGUCAGUUAUUCCGUAAAGAAGUUAAAAUAGAUAAUUUACCACGGAUAGAAGUUUUUGGGAAACCGCAAUCGAUACGGGUGGAUGAGAUUUCGAAGAACGCGACUGAUAGUGGAAUCGCAGCUUUGUUCGCAGGACCCACGUAGCAGAAACUGUGUUUAGAUGACCAUAUCGCGAACACGUGGUCUAAAUUGAUUAAUAAUAAUAAAUCAUCGUGAAAACGAUUGUCCUACAGAGAGAAGAUUGAACUAUAAAUAAAAGAAAUCCUGAUACCUAAAAUAAGAGGAUUUCAUAGGAUAAGUUUGUUACGAACAGCAUUUUUCUGUUAAAUUAUCUGUGAGGUUAUACGCGUGUAUAUAGUAUGGGUAGCGUAAACGACACACAUUGUACUCAACCGUAGGUAUAGGAAGGAGAGAAUAAAAAGAUAUUACGCUUAUACACGCAUUCAACAUCAAUUGUGAAUAGUUUGUAAAAAAAAAGAUCCGAUGUUACGUGUGAAAACCAUCUUAUUUUUGGUGCGGGAUUUUAUCGUAUACAGCAAAAAUAUUUAGUUCAAUGAGUAUCCAAGGUGCGAGCGAGAGUGUAUGUAUGGUGUCGUGUGCGUGAUGCGUAUAAAUAUGCAGUUGUAACAUAAAGGACAUUCAUCGCUAAAGAACAGCAUGCAGUAAUUCUGAUACAACGGAUCGAAAGAAAUGUCUAAAUAUGUUAUCAAGUAAUUGUAUAUUAAA